UUUCCCCUUGUUGACUCAAUAACAAGAAAGAAGGAAAGAAAGAAACUGACCUGAGUGAAAUGCUUUAAAUGUCACUUCGCUCAACACCAAUACGACGUAAACAGCUCGGGCGGUGUGCGAUCUUGGUUCAUCAUCAGCCUGCUCUGCGAAUUUCUUUGUCUUCUGGCUUGCGAAGUUAUAUGGAAAACCCGUUUAAGUCGAAUUCCCGAGGAUUUCUGUUCCACAACGGAUCCUAUGACUUUUGUUCUGGUUUUUAAGCGCAAACAUGUUCGUUUUUACAAAGAACAGAAUAAAUAUGAGUGAUUUGGUGAACCCGGAGUAUCAGGGCUGUGUUGACGGAUCUCUGAUGGACGGAUUCAGUGUUUUUAUUCAGGGUCUGUUGGCUGUUCUGGCUUUCAGCACUUUAAUGUUGAAGAGGUUUCGUGAACCUGUUGGAAUUAGAAGACCUUGGAGGAUCUGGAUCUUUGAUACGUCUAAGCAAGCCAUCGGUGCUCUUUUCAUGCAUUUUGCCAACAUAUUCCUGUCCACACUCACCAAUGAAGAUCCCUGCUCUCUGUAUCUAUUGAACUUCCUGUUGGAUGCCACAUUGGGAAUGCUGGUGAUCUGGGUGGGGGUGAAGGUUGUUUCCAAGAUAGUGGAACAUAAACACCUAACACUGCUAAUGUUCGGAGAAUAUGGGGAUCCUCCUCGGGUAGCGGCCUGGUUGUCUCAGUGCUCGGUGUAUUUACUCAUCGUUGCUCUGGAGAAAAGUGUGGUCACUCUGGUGCUGCUCGUUCCCGGGUGGACCAAUCUGGAGGAGGUGGUGCUGGACUACAUCCCAAACCCACAGCUGGAGUUAGCCAUCGUCAUGCUGAUUGUGCCUUUCAUUGUGAAUUCUAUAAUGUUCUGGGUGGUGGACAGUUUAACAAUGCGGAAAUAUAAGAAGAUGACAUCUCUGGAAGGCUCACAUGACUGUCCAAAGCAAGUAGAGGUGUUGCCACAUGAAAGCAAUGAUGAAGCUGAGGUGCUGCUAAAGGAAGAUGAAGAUGAUAAUACAGUAUGUUCUGAAGAGGAAGAACACAAGUCAACAGAAGAAGCAUUAAUACGAGUCUGUAUGGAAGUUUAAAAAACACAAAGUAUACCUAUCAACAUGUAAAAUACCCUAUAACUUUGUUCCUAAACCUAGAGAGCUGCCUUGGUGUUUACUAGCUACCUUUUGAGGCAGAUUCCUAAUUAAAAUGGAAUCCAGUUGACUGAUUUAGAACCUUCUAAUAGGUAGAAACUCCACAAUAGAACUGUUCACGCGAAGUAUACUGGAGACUGAACUCAAAUGAUUCCAAUAAAGUGAGGUGUUAGCAUUGCGCUAAUUAAGCUAGCAACACAAUACUCAAUACUUGACACAAGACUAAGAACACAUAAAAUGUUGAGUAAAAUUCAACAUUAUUUACAAAAUAUUUACGGUCAACAUUUCAUUUAUCAUUUUGUAUAUUAAGAGCUUUUCAUAAGAAGUACACUUAGAAAAGUAUUACAGUUGAUCCCAUUACAAUGUAACGUUAGCGUGUUGCUAAGCUAACAACACAAUGCUUUAAUAAGUAUAAAAACUCCUUUAGUUUUAGUUAGAUUUAAAUUGGUGUUGUUGAAUGAAAUAUAAGUAUAUACCGUCCACAUUUCUCUCAGAUAAUUUGCCAUCUUAAACAUAAAUUAAAAAAAUAAAAGUGUUUUGGGCACACACCUAUGAUAACUUAACCCAGCAAAUAGAGAGUGUUCUUCUAACGUUAGUGUAUGGUGCCCAAUUGGUUUAGAUAAUUAAUAGCAUAUGAGUUAUUAAAGGGUAACAUUAUCCUCCCUUCACGUCCUUUAAAGUUCAUACUUCUAAGUUAAUUAAAAGUAAAGAAACAGACAGAUGAGAGGUCUAGUGUUUCUCCUGAUUACAGACAUUCAGACUUUUAAUUUGAAGUGGAAAAAGCUCAUGUCACUCUACCUGUGAUGAACAACACCUCACUUUCCAGCUCUUGACACACAUGCUAGAAUAUUUCAAAUCUGCAAGGCUCACCCAAAGAAAAAAAGUUCUCUUGAAAACAUUUGUAAUAAGACCAGGCGAUCUUUGUGUUUUAACCCUGUAAAGUUUAAACAAUGUACAGUGUAAUUUUUUUUUAAAAUUGUGUUUUUGUACUUUUACGCAUGCAUUAGUCAUGCAUUAGUUCUGAUUAUCAAUUUUGUACAAAAUAAUGAUGUACAGACUAGUAACUGUAAAUAUUCAGCUGUUAAAUUAUAUUGAUUCUGAUGUCAAUAUGCACAUGCAGUCAAGUCGUUAUUACGAGCUUGAAACUAAGUUGUGAAAUGCUAAAAAAAAUACUGCUUCUAAAAAAAAAAAAAAACCUAGUACAAAAUUUCUAGCAGAUGGAUGUCA